AUGAUAGGGUACACCAAUGACCCUGCCACCGAGCUGAGCGUCGCAGCGGGCGAGCAGAUGAAGAUCACGGAGCUGCGCCUGGCCAAGCUGGUGGGGGCCGUGCCGUCCCCCGCCAACGUGGCUGCGCGCCGAACAGGGGAGAGCCUGCGUUCCCCCAUCACCACACACGUGCUGGACACCGCCAGGGGCAAGCCCGCCUCCGGCGUGAGAAUCGUGCUGGAGAGGGCCGCUCCGGGUUCGAGCAACGCGUGGCAGCAUGUGGGGGCGGGCAAGACCAAUGGUGACGGCCGCGUGCCGGAUCUGCUGCCCCCCGCAGCCAGCGUCGCGCCCGGGGUCUACCGCAUCACCUUUGACACCAGUGAGUACAUGCGGCGGUGCAGAGCCGAACACCCGGCCUUCUUCCCUGCCAAGCCCUUUUACCCGCGCGUCUCCGUGUUCUUCGAGAUCCUGGAGUCUCAGGAUGAUGCAGCACCCCGCUCUCCCCACCAGCUGUCCCCCGUGUCCAGCGGGGACCUGUCCGUCGACGGACGCUCCAAUCCCAGUCAUGUAGCAAGGCUGCAGGCGGCUGUGACCCCCCGCAAGUUUGACUUUGCCGCCGACAUCGUGAACAACGACGAGCUGGCGCGAGCCGCGCGGGCGGAGGCGGCCUCCGCCUCGCCGCGCUGCCAGCCCUCCUUCGAGCCGCUGCAGCACGGUCCGGAGCUGGACCGCCAGGCCGCGGUGAUCGACCGCCUGGACGCGGGCGCGCACGAGGAGAGCGGCGUGAACCAGGCGCUGGCGGCGCUGAUGCAGCGGCGGCUGGCCGCCGCGCGCAGCGCCUCGGAGCGCACGCUGGGCGCGCUGCGCGCGCUGGCGGGCGCGGAGCUGGCCCAGGCACGCGCGCUGGGCCUGGCGGCGGGCGUGACCCUGGCCGCGGAGACUGACGGCCCGGGGCUGCGCCGCGCGCUGGCGGCCUUCCAGGAGGCCCCGCGUGCGGCGGCCGCCUGCCACGCCCGCGCCGCCGAUGGACUGGACGCCCAGGCCCAGACGCUGAGGGCGCUGGUGGACCGGCUGCGCCGGGAGGCCGCGGGGGUCGCGAGCGACGCCGCCGCGCUCAAGGCCGGCGUCGACGCCGCGCGGCGCUCGAUGCAGGCAGCCGCCGCCGUGCACCGCGCGGCCUGCGGCCGCGCGCCGGGCGCGCUGGGCCGUGGCGGCGUGGAGGCCGACCCCUGGGUCACGGAAGCGCGGCUGGUGCAGGGCCAGGCCAGGCUCAUGGCCGCGCAGCAAGCGGAGCGGCGCUUCCUGGCCAAGGUGGGGGCGCAGGUGGAGAGCAUGGAGCGGGAGCGCGCUGCUGUGCUGUCCACGACCCUCGCGGCCUCGGUCCGCAUCUACGGGGAGAGCCUGGCCUGCGUCGAGCGUGCCGCGCCGCGCCUGGAGGCCCUGCUGGAAAGCGCGGACAUGGACGCCGACCUGGCCGCCUUCUGCGACACGGCGGCGCACAGCGUGGCGGCGGGCGAAGCCCUGGCCGCCCGCCAGGCCGGUCUGCUGGCCGGCGUCCGCCGCGAGCUGGCCGCCAGCCCCGAGGUCCUGCGUGCGGGGGCCAUGGAGGCCUGGGACGCUGCGCGCGGUGUCUGGGUGCCCGACCGAUUUGUGCUGACGCGCGCCGGGUUCCUGCACCGCCUGGCGCGCAGCCCGGGAGGGGACCCGGAGGUUAGCAUGGUGCAGGGGCCGCCCACGCCCGUCCUGGCGGAGAGCGUGGCCCUGGCCCGCUGCGCCUUUGAGCAGGGCGAGGCCCCCGUGUUCAGGCUGGUGGAGACUGCGGCCGGUAGCCUGGCCAGGAGCCUGUUCCUGGCGCCCCGCACGCGCGCGCGCACCUUCCGCACGGCUUCCGUGGAGGAGUGCAUGGACUGGGCCAUUGCCCUGCGGGAGGUGCUGGCCGCGUGCACGCGCUGA